AUGGACAAAGUUAUAUCCUGCAUGUACAAAAAACCCAACGCCACUACAAGGUUAAUAUGCUUCCCAUGGGCUGGAGGAGGAUCGAUAUUCUUUGCCAAUUGGGGAAGACUGUUCGAUGAGUCUGUAGAAGGUUUGUAAUUAUUUAACUAUUCGUGGUAUGUUUCUUUCCCUCUAUAGGAGAACGGAAAUGAUUUUGAUUGAUGUGUUUUUGUAACGGACCGUUUUGCUCACCAGAGGUUAAAAACCGUUUAGGCGAUAUUCCCCUUUUUCAGCUGCACAGACAGCUACUGUAAGCACCGAUCUCCCGAACUGGAAACACCCGAACACUAGAAAUAUCCGAACAGGAAAACCAUACGAAAGGGUUACACUCCUGGCAGUCAGCAUACAAUCCCAUUCCCCCAAUAACGAGACGACACUUCGUUUUGAGGGUUAAGCAAAAUCUCCAGAUUUAUUCCCACAACCUCCAUGCAAGGGAGGAAUCCACAACAAUUAGUACCCCAGCCAAUAAUGUACCCGUUACCUCCCACACAUCUCCUCCCAUUAGUGUGACACAUAAUCCCAUUAGUACAGACACAAAUUCCCUGGGUUACUGGAUGUACCCCUAAACAUAGGGUUACCCCUUUAAAUGUUACAUCUCCUGGUAGCCCUGAUCUGAGUGAGACACAUAUCCAAAAAUCACCCAGAUCGGACCAGGGGUUCGGGAAUUAUGGAGGGUUAAAGUUUUGACCGACUGCAUGGCAAAAGUAUCCGAAAAUAGUUCCAUGUAUUUUGGCCCUGCAGUCGGUCACAGAAAAGGGAAUGAAAACACAUGAAUUGCCUGGGUUAUAGAGCCUGGGGAGUUUAAACGAAUUCCCUUGUUCGUGCGCUUCUUUCUACCGAACGGCGGGUCAUUCGGUAGUUUCCACACGAAUUCAUGGAAGUCUGGAGGUCUCAGCGGUGUUUGCCUAGUCGAGUGUCCGAUUUUAGUUCCAGACACUCGACGGCAAAACACCGCUGUUCGGGAGUUUAAGAUGGCCGCCGCCACGUGUUCGUUUCCCGAAUGUCGGCCACCCAGAGGACAAAACCACACAUUACAUCGAUUGCCAAUUACCCGUUUCCAACAUUGUUGCAAACGGUAAUUGGAGGCACACUUAUUCCUGGGUGGUCUGGCUGUUCGGUAGUUUCACUCAAUAUAAUGAAUGCAGUGAUUCUAUCGAACAAUCAGGGGAAUGCUGCAUACACAUAUACAAUUUAGCCGAACACACAGAAACAUACAUAAUAUAAAAGACAUCCUUACUGUAAUCUGCUACAAAGUCUUAAAGGGAUAUUGUUCCCAAAAAGUCAUAAUAUGUCCACGGAUGGCCCUUAAAGGGCCAGUAGCAGCAAUAUACAAUACCACAUGCCCAAAUAUUGCAUUCAAAAGUACAAAUUUUUCAGGGGCCAUAGUCAGCAGGUAGGAGGCGGUCAGCCAGGCCUCUCCAAUGUCCAGUGGCGAGGCAGUUUUCUCCACAGUUUUUAUCAAACAUUUUGUUCGUACACAGAAUAAACAGCCUGAAAAUCAACUGACUGAUAAUACAAAUACCGUAUUUUCCGGCGUAUAAGACGACUGGGCGUAUAAGAUGACCCCCAACUUUUCCAGUUAAAAUAUAGAGUUUAAGACUAACCCCUCUUCCAAUGCACACCAAAUAAAAAUUAGCCAUGAUUUACAGUGAGCAGACAGAGCUACACAGCAAGAUAAUCUGAAAUAGCAUUUAAUGCCCAGGUAUGUGCCAGGCUGUUUGGGCAUAUAAUCUUUAUGCCCUUUAAUUCUUUUUAUUCUUUUUACUCCCCCCCCCCCCAAUCCUCCCUACAUUCUUCUCACCUCCGCUUCCCUGUGCAGAGUGGGUGGCCGAGCUCUUCUUUGUCCUGUCAGUCCUGCCGGGUACCGCGCGAUACAGGAGAUUCAGUUACCUGUUCCCGGCCGGACUGACAGGACGAAGAGGAGCUCGGUCACCCACUCUGCACAGGGAAGGGGAGGUGAGAAGAGAGGCAGUGCGGCAGCCGUCUGACCGCUCUCUAUAGAGCGCUCAGGCGGCUGCAGCAUUAGAAGGGCCGGCGAUGGGGGCGCAGGGCGCCCCCGGCUGCCAUAUAGACCCUAUACCCGGCGUAUAAGACGACCGCCGACUUUGGAGAAGAUUUUCCAGGGUUAAAAAGUCAUCUUAUGAGGCGGAGCCUAGCCACCAGAGAGAGAAGUCGCACGACACUGCAGCUCCGACCCAAAAGCGGACAAAAUCGCAAAUUUAAGGGUCACCCCCGGCCAUAACGAGCCCCCAGACGUCGGACCCACACACCUAACGACUAUGGGACGCAAAACCAAAAAACCCAAGCAGGAUCAACCUCACCUUGGGAUGAAUAUCGGAGAAAUGUGGCGCCUAGCACAUGGCACGGCAGGGCCCAAGAUGGCCGACCUGUCGGGCGGUUGCUUCGAUUUUUCGGACGACCUGGCUUCCGAAGAGGAAGAGACGCCUGAACUCACGCCGGCUAAACCCCCACCGACGAAACCGGACACAUCCCCGGUCACACUAUCGGCGCUCAAGGGUCUCCUUGCCGACCUACAGACCACCCUGCAGGCUGACAUUGCCACAAUCAGGGGAGGGCUGCAAGGACUGACAGGCCGAAUUGACAAGCUGGAAACCACCACUCACCAGGACUCUCAGCGUAUACAGGUGCUGGAGAAAGCGGUGCAAGACCUCCAGCGGCAGAACCAGACCCACGAAUGCCGCUUUGCAAAUCUAGAAGACCUACGGCGGAGGAAUAAUUUGAAGCUCCGGGGGGUGCCUGAUGCUGUCCCUGAAGCGGAGCUGCCACACCUGGUGCGGAGAAUGAUGGGGGAUCUCCUACCACAAAAACAAGCGAAAGCAACACCCCUGGAUGGGCUUUUUAGAAUCCCCAAACCGGCCAGAGCCCCACCGUCGACAUCAAGUGACCUGAUAAUUCAAUUCAGGCACGGAACAGACAAGGCGGCGAUCCUGAAGGCAAUCAGGGGUAGGCCAAACUAUCGUUUUGAAAACAUGGCACUGGAAUUCUAUAAUGACCUGUCCGGCAGCACGAUGGCCUGGCGGAGGUCGCUCAAGCCCCUCACAUCCAUGCUCCAACAGCGAAACAUCGAGUACCGCUGGCGAAUGCCCCGCAUGCUUCAGAUCAUACAUGGAGAGACCACAUACCAAAUCCAAGACCUACGAGAGGCAGACACACUCCUGAGGGAUCUGGGACUGCCGCAGGACAUUCUAAUCAACCCUCAGCAACAACCUGAACCCAGACACAAGCAUACCUGGAAUCCAAGCAAAAUUACCCCGUUCACACCUCGACGAAACACAGGGGAACCGUAUGCUGCAGCGACCACAUGAAACAACGAGAGACGCUCUGACCGAGACCGAGGGUGACUGGAACGACCCUCAAGCUACUUCACUUUGUGACUUUAAGUUAAUUUGAGUUCUUAUUCUUAUUAUAUAUAAUUUUUUAUUUUUUUUUCUCUCCUUAAAGUUAUAGCAAGGUGAUUGAAAUAUCUUUCUCCAUUUGUGUAUGACCCAACUAUCUCACGCUUUACGCCGAGAUGGAGCUGGCAGUGACCCCAGCCAUUCAUAAUAAGUAGCAUGAAGUAUGAUAUGCCACGACUCACUGCAACAGAUAGCGCUACAAAUGCAGUCACAGAAUAUCCUGCACACCCUCUGCACACAAUCCUGUACAUAGUUUAACUGUGGUUUAGCAGUAUUUAUAUAAAGGUCACACAGGAAUGUAAGACGCCCUGCCUGGUGGCACCCUGUAUUAAAGGAAAAUUUUAGGUAUGAUAAAACCUUCAUGGCAUUACCCGUUCCCCGGUAGUCAGCAUUGCUCACCCUAACAUAAUCUGCAACACAAUCCUUCUGUGUUACCUACUACGUGUCAUGACUACUCGAUCCAGCAGUUGCUACAUUACAGAUAUGCCUCUCACUUAUACACUAUUCAGCAUAACCAAGACGAGGUCUAGAUAGUAUAGCGAUGACACGCUACGUAAAUAUUAAGCCACUGCUAGCAUCAGAUAAAGUAAAGCAAUAAGACAGACGUAGUUGCAUAGCUACAACUUUGCUACCUUUCAUCUAUUAUCUAUCAAACUGAAAGAAAGCGGCCAAAAAUUAUCUAAAUGCAGAUAUAUAUACUCACCCACUGCUUAAUGUAACGUAUUCACUAUGUUGUAAGCUUUAGCCUGUUGAAAUUUCAAGAUGUUACUACAUUGGCUAAGCCUGUUUAAACACCACCAAGUUAUCGAGUCUGACUGACAAGCUACAUAAUCAUUUAACAUAUAAAAUGUGCACGUAUUAACAUGUACCCUAUUGUUACCAUUAUUACUUGAAAGCAUGAGGAAUGCCGUUGGGGUACCGCAUGCUCACUGUUAUACCUCUACGCACUACAAAAAUAAAGAAUUAAAAAAAAAAAUAAAAAGUCAUCUUAUAUGCCAGAAAAUACAGUAAUUACAUAGUAGUGCAAAUCAUGUGGUUUGGAACAAAUAAAAGAACAAAAAAAAUCAGAGGAGUGGAAAUUAAAACAAAUAAAUACAACUAGUUGUAGGGACUAACGUGAUAGCCCAAUUUACUUGUCCUGACAAAAUAAUUUCACAUUAGAAAUUUUUGGGACUCUGUUUAAAAAUGGACAUUGGCAGAGUUGUUGACUAAACUAAAUUUAAAAAUAGCUGAACUGGUGAAAGACUCCAACUCAGCCAGUCACUUCUUGUUAAUUUUGCCUCAGUUUCACCAUUUGGAUCUAAUUUGUUAAAAUAUGGAAUUUAGGGUGUCCUUCUCCAUAAUGUCUGUGGUGGGAUGUAUCGGCUGGGUGUAAUUUGUGUGGUGUUUUCUGGCUGUAUGUAAUGUGUAGUGUGUACUGGAUGCAUGUAACGUGUAGUUUCUGGGGAGUGUGUUGCAUGUAUGUAACGUGUGUGUUUGGUGUUUGCUGGCUGCAUGUAAUGUGCAUGUGGUGGCUGUAUUUAAUUCAUUCGGUGUGUGCUGACUGUAUGUAGUGUGUGUGUGUUUGUGUGGUGGCUGCAAUAUGAGAGAUCAUCUGUGAAGAAAACUUUCACAAUGUAUUUUCACACGUUCCAAAGUAUGCACUAGUCAUGCUAAACUCUUGUUAGAGUUGAAGGUGGAAUAAAACAACCAGAUAGAUAUCUACCUCUGCUCUUUCUUGGCCAGGCACCAAAAUGGAGGCAAUGUCACCCACUGCUUUAACAACCUAUAUACAAGCUACAAAUAGAUAUCAUUAGUUAUUGUAAACUGUUCUGUGUGAUAUGGGUCAUUUAGUAAACCCACAUAGCUAUAGAUUUAGAUUUUCUUUACUUUUAUGAAAUACUAUUUAUGAAUAUUAUCAUUUACAGUUUGUAUUGUAUAUCUUCCCUAAAUGGUUGUAAAAAUGCCCGGUCACUAAAAUUCAACCAGGAGCUAAUUUUGAAGUCUUACUUAAUACAAACACAAUUUGCCGCCUCUCUUACAGUGAAACAAUAAACCUGUCACUUAUUCACAUAUUGGAUGCCAUUCUAUGGGUUGUAAUUGAAUACAAAGAAUGGAGGAGACUGCUUUAAAGGGACACUGUAGUCACUAUAACCACUUUGUCUCUUUGAAUUGGUUAUAGUGCCUGGAGUUCCCUGGCACUGUCCCUCCAUUCAGUGUUGCACCAUGUUUGUGCAGUAUGCCACAAAAUAAGAGUCCCUGGCCACCCACAGUCCGGCCCCUUCUGUAUGUGUAGCUAAGGCAGAGAUUACACACUUCCUUGUUGUCAUACCCAUUCAUACCGUCAGUUGGAGCUCUGACAGGUUAAAAGCAGUCAGCUGACACUCUCAGCCAAUCACAGCUGCCCAUUGCUGCUCAGGGUAAUACUUCCUUAUUAGCCAAAGCAGCACAGAGGGGAUGGACUGCCGUGGUGUCUUGUUUAGCAUUAAAACAUUACAACAUUAAAAACUGUUUAAUGCUGAAAGAAAUGAUGGCACCAGGGGACUCCAUACACUAUAACCAGUUUAAUGAGAUGAAGCAGAUACAGUGCCUACGGUGUCCCUUUAAUGGAAGCAGAACAGUUAAAGCGUAAUUUCUUUACUCAGCAUCCUCAGCGGCAAACAUUUAUCUGUGAAUGUUUUACAACAAACUGUAAAUGUUUAAUCUUGCUGAUUUGUAGUGAGGUAGGUAUUGUUACUAUACUGCAAGCAAAUCGUAGUAUGACAUCUGAAGAUGAAUAUCUGUUCUUUAUAUCAAAUAUAAUGUUUAUUUAAAGUUUAUCUUUAUCUAGCUAGAAAAUUAAUUAAAUGCAAAGUAUUUGGAUAUAGGUCAGGGGCUAUUAGUUUCUCGGUGAGGUAAUUGCUAUAGUUAUUCUUCCCAGCAUCCAAAAUGGACCGGUGCCCACAGAAACUAUUUGUGGGUAAAACAAAGGAAGUAAGAGCUUCCAAAGUGCAUGCUGAUAGAACGACAUAAAGACUUUGGCUUUGAGACAUGAUAUUAGCAUAGGAAACUAUGCACAUCAAUGGAUUCUACAUUCGGAAUCCGGCAUUGAUGUGCUGGUCACAUCUGAGCUUGCUUGAGGAAGAAAGUAUCCCUCUGUCUCAUUGUGAACAGCCUACAUAACGUAUCCUAGUACAGGAAACAAUGGAAGCCUCUGUUGUAGUGGUAUUUGCAGCUAAUGGCAACUGGUUAAGUUGCCGUCUGCAUUCAUACUGGCAGUAUGAACGCUUGGACGGUUCCAGUACCUGGUCCUGCUAUAUUGUCUAUUCACUGCCAGUGGUGGGAUGGAGUGUUUUACAUUACUAAGGACUCUCAAUUGGAACAUGUCGUUUCAAAAUAAAAAAAACAGAAAAAAAUAUUUACAAUAAACAACUUGAGCAUUUUUGAGGUUGGAUUAAAAAAUGAGUUGUGUAAUGAAGCUUACAGAAGGCCUCUGUUGGGUAAUUUACUAGUGUGGGGAUUUGGGGAAAUUCAAAGUGAAUUCAAAAUGAAUUUCAGAUUUAAGGCAAAAGUAGAUAAACUUGGAGCAAGCUUGACUUGGAGAACCUUUCCAAUUCGGUUAUUUUGGCCAUAAACAUGAAAUUCCCCUUGAAUUCUCUUUAAAUUACCGACAAUUUUCACUUUAGUAAAUAACCCUGUGUGAGAAAGAAAAUGUAGGGCAUUGAGGAGGAUACUCAUUCCCAUAGGGAUCAUUGUGAGGACCAAAUGAGGAGAGUCAUGAUGAUCUAUAGAUCUGACCUCCACUGAUUGCCAUCCACUCUUCUGAUCUCCAUCCACUGUGUUAAAGUUCUGUCAAGUCCAUAGAAGACAUGACACCAUGCCCAUAAUUUGUCACGUAUUGACUAUGGCCUUCACUGCAAUUCUUGCCCAUAUUCAAAUAUGCAAGUCCACCGUGCAACAUCCACCCUAAUUCUUCUAUGUCUUCCAUGAUACGUCCAUCAAUCCUCUCCAUCUACCCCACUAUGUGUAUCUUAUUUACUUCAAGUUUAUUCCAUAGGCUUUUAAACUGGCCUACAUUACCAUUAUACAACAAAAUGAAUCCCUGCUAUAAAAUCAUCUGUGUUUGUUUGCAGUUUACUCAGUAAGGCUAGCAGGAAGAGAAUCACGUACUCAAGAACCUUUUGCUCAAAACAUGGACCAAAUUGUUGAUGAAGUUUCUCAGAGUUUGUUGCCACACCUGCAGGAAAAACCAUUUGCCUUUUUUGGCCACAGGUAAAUCCUUGUUAAUAUACUACAGGUUAUUACUUUACUGGCAGAGUUUGCAAGAGAAGUAGAGUUACGUGAACUACUUUCAAUUGGAAUAAUAUCCUGUGUUCAGCACGACCAACUACAAAAUGUACUUUAGUACAUUGAUUUUAUUACAUUUUUAUAAAAGCAUACAAUCUCUGAUUACACAGACAUGCUUUCAUUAUUUAUACAAAUGACAAACACUGUUUAUUAUUAUCAGUAUAAUAAAUACCUGGGAAGUUUAUUAAUUUCAUCUUGGGAAUAUACAUAAAAGUCUGCCUUAGGUAUAAAAUAUAUAAUCCAAAAGAAAAAGUAGUGUUUGUACUAGCCAGGAAGAAACAAGCUGUGACACCGUUGGUGGAGAUAUAAAUGCAAUAUAAAAGAGUUAUACAAACAUAUGUCUUCUAAGCUGAUAGAUACAGGUUAUCACAGGUAACCUGAAAUACAAUGAGAACAGUAAAACAUAGUGUGAAGCGUAAAAUGACUUUUAAACGUGAAGAAUAAAGUUGGACUCUCACUCACAUGGCUCAGAGCCAUCCCAGGCCUGUAUUGCUGGCUCAAGGGUGCCACAAAUGGCUGGGAACUUCCUGAUAUUCCCAAUGUAUGGAAUGAUGAUGAUGGAUCUUCAGUAUAAAACUUUAUUGUAUUAAAACACACAUGCUACUUAUACAAAUAAAAAUAUAUACAAUACACUUUGGGUACUUACAUAUAUAGUGUGGGAGUGAACAACUCUCUCUAUAGGUAUCACUCACCACCUGUAAAGUAACCCAGAAAGUAAAUAAUAAUAAUAAUAAAGUGCUUGUAAUGUCAGUAGUCAGCAGAUCCGUUUCAGCUUUUUUAAAAGCGCUUUAUUAUUAUUCCACGUUUAAAAGUCAUUUUACGGUUCGCACUAUGUUUUGCUGUUCUUAUUGUAUUUCAGGUUACCUGUGAUAACCUGUAUCUAUCAGCUUAGAAGACAUAUGUUUGUAUAACUCUUUUAUAUUGCAUUUAUAUCUCCACCUAGCACCUACUGUGUCACAGCUUGGUUUUUCCUGGCUAGUACAAAUACUACUUUUUUUUGGUUUACAUUUAUUUCAGUGUUGGGGAAUUACUGUUUUUUUUUACUAGUUCUGACACUUCACUAAUUUUGAAGCACCUGACACACUGAAUUGCGUUGUUCUUAUAAAAUAUAUAAUCCUUAUACUUUUCUUCAAUAAUGAUUUCUCUAUUUCUGUAUCAGUCAGUGAUCUGUACAACUAUCCACGCUCCUUGGGAGUCCUCAUUAUGAAAAUCAGUUUAAAGAAAACUUUUAAAAUAAAAACAAUAUGGAAUAGCAUAUUGUUUAAAGGGUUACACAAAUCACCAUCACAGCUUGGCAUAAUUAGACAAAUUGACAGCAAACACAGGAUGGUUGCUAUCAGGGGCGGGCUGGGAUGGGGGCAGGGAGGCAAUUGCGUCCCAGGCCGCCCUAAAGCAUGUUAAAAACGUCCGCUGUCUCUGCCUGCUUGCCUGCCCAUGGAGGCAGAAACAGGAUCUCUUGGCUGUCGCUUGGCUGUGGAGUCAGAGGGAGGAGGAAUGGAAUGGCCGCUCACUGGAUGACAGGGAGUGAAAGCUGAUGCUUUCCGGGAGUUGUAGUCCCUGCUAGGUGAUAACUCACACAACCACUUGACUGGAUUUGCCCCCUAGGCCUAAGGCUGCCAGCCCUCCCCUGGCUGCUAUUUGUUUUUGUAACAACAGCCACACCUGCCAUUUUGAAUUUUAUUACAAUUUUUUUUAUAUAGUGCCAACAUAUUCCUCAGCACGCAAUACAUGUAUACGGAGAUGGGGGGUCAUCCUAUUUUGGCAUUAAAAUUAUAGUCCUUUGUAGUCCUGAUCCAUUUUUGCUAUCUGUGUGCAAUAUGUAGAAUGCAUGUUCAGGAUCAGAUCAGCAGAGUUCUAUGUGUAUUCUCUGAGUUAUGUAUCACAAGAACUUUCCCUGCAUGACAUGUCUUAUCUUCUACACUUUAGAAUCUAUAGUACUUGUUUCAUCAACGUUAGAACAUCAUUAAAAGCAGUAAAUGCAAUAAGAUAAUCUCAAUUUCAUCCAUCAGAUUAAUUAAAGGGACACUCCGGACACCUAAAGCACAAUAGCUUCUUAAAAUACUUAUGUGUGAAGAGUGUGUCCUCUCUUUUUAUUUUUCUUUAUCAUUUUACAAAUAGAAAUUGGCACUUUUAUAAAUUAACUUUGUGACACACCCCGGCUGUCAAUCAGAGAACCAGUCCUGUUACUUCCUGGUUUGGUUAGUUCAGUGGAGCUAAACUCAAUAGGCAGCAAUUCUAGAAUUACACGAUAUCCACUCACCAGAGAAGAAUUGUGAUUCUGAGGAUGUAACAACUGGGUUGUGUCAGGAACUGAGAUAAGGUGAUGAAAGUUCAAAUGUAUAUUUCGACGCUACUAAUAAAUACAAAAAAUAAAUAAUUCAUAAUAAAAAAAUAAAAACAAACAAUAUAUAACGAACUAUACACUAAAACUUUGUUACUCACAUUUAUACCAAUGUACAUGCUUCUAGCGUUCAGCUACGCAACUUCCUAGUAAAGGUUUAUGCAUUAGGGAACACAGUCCUCCAUUGGAAGUUAACCCACAACACGCUGUGAUUUCAAGUCCUGUAUGGCAACAAGCUGUCUGUGACUUGACAAUGUUAAUCUUGAUAAUGUUUAUUUGUACAUGACGAUUGUGACCCCAUUUGUUAUUUGUAAUUGUAAUGCUAUAUGAAAUAUGUGACGUAAAAAUUUUUUUUUAAAAAUUGUAAAAGAUGAUACAUGGGAAAACAAAAAAAGGCUAUUUAACGGAUCACCUGGCACCCCGACUGGGUACCUCUGUUGAAGGAUGCUCCUAGCGCUUCCUGAGGACUCCAAGCACUCUGGCAGACACCACAAUCACCGAACCGGAGAAACAAAUAAAUUCUCCCAAGCAUAUGAAUGCUGUAGACAGUUGAAUAGGAACCAUACGAAUAGGUUUACUCUCCUAGCAGUCAAACUGGAACAGCAUACAAUAAAUCCUUCCCCCAAUAAUGAGACGACACUUCACUUUGAGGGUUAAGCAGGAACUCCCUGUACUGUCACAUACAGUCUCUUUUAUUCCCAAUCCACAAACAUAGUACAGCCCACAGGGCGUUACAAAACAACCAAUCAAUCCGUACAAUACACCCAGACACUCCCACACAAAAUCCUCCCCUCUGCAUGUGAUAUGAUUACUGAACACAAUGGGUAAUCUCAUUAUCACCGGCAGAGGAAUACAGUUUUUACACAAUAUUUAUAACUUCUAAAAUAUACAUGUCACAAACAUAAAACAUACAUUUUCAUAAUCAAUCCAUUCAGGGGAACAACAUAUUAAAAAAUGGCACGAAUCAGACCAGGGGUUCAAAAGUUAAGGGAAAGUCCUUUGUGACUAAAUGAAGCAUGGCUUUCCGGCCCAAACCAGUUUCAGAGUCUUCUAUCCUGGAGAUUGAAUUGAGAAGUAAUUCAAUUAUCUCCCAGGACAGACACAAGACUCCAUUAUGCACAUGGUGAGCACAAAGCAUUAAAAUAUUAUAAAAUACACAAAGUCACAUUUUAUACAUAAAACACAGACAUGUCACAUAUCCCCAGAUAGCUGGGAUCUGAGCGCACAAAACUACCGAAUAGCGCUCAGAUCCUAUUCACACAGUUCAAUUGCCAUGGAGCCGAAGUCUUUAACUACACGAAUGGGCUCCAUGGCAUAGCUAUCUGGGUUAACACAUUCACAUAAAGUCUGGUCCAUAGUCCAAAGGCAAGAGGCGGGCAAGCAGCCCCCUCCAAGGACACGUGGCGAGGCCGGUUUCGCCACAGGCUACAAUUGCCCAGAGCACCUGCCUUGCAUGAAUUCUCAUUGAUCUGCAUUGGGAAUUCUGUGUUAGGACAGUCACAGAAAGUCUGGGCGGAGUUAGAAAGGGAGGCGUGCAAAGGCUGCUGUAUUUAGAUAAACCCCCAAUAAAAAAAUGCAUACAUAUAGUAAUGCAUGGCUUCAUUGGGGUAUAUCUGCUAAAUUGUGGGGAUUGUUUAAAAAAAAAUAAAACAUUUAAAAUGUAUUUCUUUGCAUUUGGGUAGUGGAUUGUCCAUUUAGAGUGAAUGAAUUCAUAGUAAAAUCAAAAUGAAUAUCAAAUUCCUGGUCAAAAUAAGGCAAACUGGACAACGUUUGGCUACUUAAAGGGACGCUCCAAGCACCCAGACCACUUCUGCCCAUUGGAGUGGUCUGGGUGCCAACUCCCACUACCCUUAACCCUGAAACUGUAAUUAUUGCAGUUUUUUAUAAACUGCAGUAAUUACCUUGCAGGGUUAACUCCACCUCUAGUGGCUGGUCCAUAGUACAGGUUUUCUGUGCUAGAGCGUCCCUGGACGUCCUCACGCUGUGUGAGGACCUCCAGCGUCGCUCAAUUCCCCAUAGGAAAGCAUUGAAAAGCAUCGAGAGGUUCUGGAGUCCUAACUUCAAGUGGUUUGUGAAUGUCUCCUUAUCUCAGAUAUGUCAUGUUUCCUUAACCACCGUUACAUAUCUUUAGUACGAAAGUUCCUAUAAUCUUAGAGUCAGCCCAAGAUUAGUGGAAGCUAUACUGCAGAGCAGCAGCGGCCUCCACUAUAUCUGCUAGGUAGAGAAAUUAAUAAAAAUGAUGGGAUUACAUAUGGCCGUCACUGUGUGAUUAAGUAACUCCUACUGAUCUCAGACAGAUGUGUUUGUAUUAAUAUUAUUGUGGUUUUUUUUCCUCAAAGCAAUUUGUUUCCGUGUUCAAUAAAUUCCUACGCUGUAAACCUGGACUAGGGUCCUCAAUCCUGUUUUUACCAUUAUUUCUAAACACUACUAUGUUAGCCUCUGGAUCUACUGUACAGCCCUGGUUUGUUAGAGAUGUGCCCUCAGUUUCUACCUGAAACCUGGCCCUUCUAAAACUGAACUCAUCAUCAUCAGUCUGAAGGCUCGCACAGCAUCAUGGGAGAUGUAGUUCAGAAUCGUAUGGCGUGCCGGAUUUAGCUAUCACAGUCACUGAGGAGUCUUAGGUCAUAGGUCCCUACUUUCUGACCCGCUCUCUUCGUCUUUUUAACAGCAUGGGGUCAUUUACCAGCUUUGCCACAGCUUUAAGAUUGAAGGAGAAGUAUGGCCUGGAACCUGUCCAUCUCUUUGUGUCUGGAGUGUCCGCUCCCCAUGUAAGUGAUGCAUAUAAUAUUACUUGUUGUACCAUUAGAGAGGAACUGUCACUAGGGAAAGUAAACUAAAAAUCAGCUAUGGGUUGAUGUUUUAUUGUCCAAGGCUCACCUACAUUUUUAUCUUCGUCAGAGUCUUUUAAAUACCAUAUUUGUUUUCAUAUGUGAGAGAUGUGGAAUAUGUAACAGGUAUGGAACAUAUAUAGUGCACACUUCUAGAUAAACUAACUUAGUAACGUUAAUGAAUUGUAAAUGGGAAUCACAAUUCUAUUUCUAACCUUUAAAAUAUAUAUAGUUGGAGACUGCAUUCAACCUAUUAGAGCUAUGAAGUCAAUGUGUUCACGGCCCACUGGAUGAAAACCACUAUAGUACAGAUCAAUAGUAAUUGUAAACAAGUAUAUUCAGGAGAAUGCAAAUACACAAACCUUUUCUCACAAUAUAACACACAAAAAAAAAUCGGAUGCAGUUGCAUUGUUCUAUUGGGUGGUAUGAAAGUCACACUCCAAAUUGUAGACAGUAGUUUUAAAUAUGAAAGAGGGAAAAAAGGAAAAUAUCACAAUGGUAUAAUACUGUCAGAAGUGACCAUUAUAAACUGUUACAUUUACAGGAUGUUGUUAUAGUUGAUCACUCAUUGUUAAAACUUGAUUUUUUUCUCUUUCUUUGUAUCACAGUCGAAGACACGUUACCCCAUACAACGAAGGUCUGACAUGAGUGAUGAGUAUUUCUUGCAAUGGAUGGCAGGCUCAGGAGGGACUCCUGUUGAAGUCUUACAGAACAAAGAAGCUGCCAAACUGUUUAUCCCUCCAUUGAAAGCAGAUGUUCGAGUUCUAGAAUCCUUCAUGUAAGUUAUUUUCCAGUAUGGACACAUGAUUAAAACUGGUGGGAUUUUCUGACCAUGACAUAUGAUAAAGGCAACAUUAGCACUACUCACAAAUGUUCAACUCGUGGGCUUGGCGCUGCUUGCCGGGCUUUAAAUUGGAGUGUUGCAGUUCUCCCAACCCAGCAUCCCUGAUUAUAGAAAGUGCUUAAAUGUUAUUAAUCCAGGGCAGAAAGAUAAAUGUUUCAUUUAUAAAUAUUGCGCUGCUGUCCCCAGUCAAAAAAGUAGAACAUAUAAAAAGAGGAUCCUAUUACUAAGGAGUGUCCUAACCCCCUCACACCUAACGCGUGUCGUGCAUAGAUAUGCACGUAAUCAUAGGUGACCUAUGAAAUUUAAAUUGUAUUACCCAAAAUGUAAUAAAUCUAUACGUGGAGCCACUUAUAAAGCUGGCUCAGACUGCACGCCUUGAGCAAAUCACUGCUUGGACUUUAGCUGGGUUCUUCCCAAAACUUGAUCUGAUGUACCACCAGAAACGCAGGUUCAGGGGGUUACACAAUUCUUUAUUACUCCAAAAUUCAAUAAAAAUCACAAAAGAUUAUAAAUAAAUAAAAUUAAAGGAAAUUCCCAUAUAAUAGUCCAAAAUAGUGCACCUAACGCGUUUCGGCGAUGUGCCUUCGUCGGAAGUGAUACAAGUGACUCUGGCGUGCAGUCUCUUUAAAUCUGUUCUUGGCGCCCUUUUCGCCGCAUUCGCGGCACUUCAUUUCCGUAUUUUUACAUUUACAUUCCACAAGUUUGGACUUUCUGUUAUUAUGACGGUUCCAACACGUCUUGGCAACCGGAACCGGAAGUAAAGAGAGACGUCCGGACGUGAUGACACAGGACGCGUCCUGACGUCAAACCCGAUUUAGAUUUAUUACAUUUUGAGUAAUAUAUUUUUAAUUUCUUUGAGUGCUCUCACCAUUCUUUCUGUUAACUAAUCACUUCUGUCUGUUUAGUGGUUAUUGUGGCCCACUAAGGUGAUUGUAGCACCAUCACUUUAUUUACUUUUAGGAAAUUUCACUUGUGUAUUGUAUUUUACUUAUAGGUGACCUAUGAUCUGUAGUCAUUUCCGUGAUUCAAAGAAUAGAAUUCAUGAUGAGCAAAUACUGAACAACUGAAAGUUCUUUUGAUUUAUUUAUAUGACUUUUGUUAGGAGCUUUCUUUACCUUCGGGGUUAGUCAGUAAGCAGCAAAAUAUUUGUAUUCCUAACGCUGUAAGGUUCCUUUAAACUAGACCAUCACUGCAUUGGAGUUUUUUCCUCAGAGUUUGUUCAUGGACAAUAAAAAAUACAUCUAGUUAAAAGAAUGCUUCUAUUUCUGUAUACUUCACAGACUAUGAAUUGCUCUGAACUGAAUUGAGCUGCCACUACAGGCUUUUUGAAUAACCGUUUGAAUUACAUUAAAUGUAUGAGUGCUGAGAACCAAAAACAUAGAAAUAUAUUUUAAAGGGUCCAAUGUAUGCAAAGAGGACUCUGUGGUCAGGUACUUCAUAGGCUUCAGGUUAUAGUGUGCUGUACUUCUGUGGAACAAUAAAGCUUACAAGUUUCAAAGUCCAAAGACUCACUUGUUUCCUGUGAAAUAAAGUAAAUUGCACCCUGGGAGACGAAUUCAUGGCAAAAGCAUCUAAUCACAUACACUCACGCAUUUUACCAGAUAAAAAAUAUAUACAUAAAUAAAUAUAGAUAAACAUAUAUAUAUAUAUAUAUAUAUGUUUUUCAAAGUUCAAUAACAUUGAAGAGCUCUUAAAAUGCAUGUUAGAGAUAUAGUGUUCAUACAGAAAAAACACUUAUUAGAAACAAACUGGCAUGCGCGUUACUGCUCCCUGCCCGUCAGCAGCUCUUCCUUCGCUCCAGCGCUGGGUUCGCGUUGACUGACCAGAGUCCGCAAAUCAGUACCGCUCCAUUCAAUAAUCUUCAGUUGUCUGCCUGAAAACCCUCAAGAAUGUCCUUGACCCCAUCAGCUGCCAUCCCUGGAACAAAGAUCUCACUCAGAUUGCCAUCAGCCCAAAUAACCACAAGGUUCACAUCUACAAAAAAUGUGGGAAUCAAUGGGUGAAAUAAGUAUAUUUAUUCUGAUAAUGUAGAUUACAAACCCGAAUAUGCAGACUGAGUUUGCAGAUACUCUUCUCAUUUCUUUACUGCUUAUAUUGAAUUAAUGCAUGGAUGGAUAGAUCGAUAAAUAGAAUGCCUCAAUCUCCUUGUACUAUGGGUAGGUGUUUAUGGGUUAAAAAAAAACGCUACAGCUUUAGGAAUACAAUCCUGUAUGUAACGCUAUAGUGUCCUAGUGCCAGAUUAGUUUUACGGAUCCCUCUUACACCCCUUUUAACUUUUCAUCAGUGCCAAGCUGCCCAGGCCUUCUCUCUUGGCGAUGGUCCAAUCCCAUACUUCUCAAAAAGAAGCACUGGGGACUGAUGCGCAUGUGUGGCGAGUGCAGCACAUGCGUUCAAAUGCUUCUCAUAGGAAAGCAUUAAAUCCAAUGCUGCAUUGGUCACAUGACCGGGUUUCACUCGGAUGUUGGUGCGGAUGUCUGGAAGGCAGCCAUUAGAGGGGGUUUUAACUCUGUAAUGUAAACACUGCAGUUUCUACAAUAUUGGAUUUUCUACAAAACCCCAAUGUAAUACAUUGUAGUGUUAAAACGAUAGGACCACUGCACCCAGGCCACUUCAUUGACAUGUUAGUGAUCUAGGAGGUGACUUUAGUAGUCAUUGAAUUAAAAUGUCCCAUAUAUUUGUACUUUAUAAUCUUAAUGCCAUUUUCCCCCUGAAGAGCCGCCAAACCAGCGAAACGUGCGUCGGGGCUCCUUUCCAACAUGCAGAUACGAGAUUUAGCUGAUCAAUAAUAUUUUGGUGAAACUUUCAUGACAGACGACCUUUACCUGCAGGUUAUACAGAGUGGAUCAUUCUGCCGCUGCAUGUAGAUAGUUACACAGAGAUGAUUAGAGAUUUUUAGGUGCCCUCGAAGGCACAGCUUAGACAUUACUUUAUGCAUGCAGAAACUACUCUGCCUCCCUUUCUCAGUUAUAUGCACCAUCUCUAUCGGGGUUCAUAACUAUUUCUCAGUAGAACUAUCUAUCUCUGGAGCAUGUUACUGCUGCCAAACUAGUGAUCAGCUCUACCUGCAUGUGAUACUUGGCAAUCGGAUCUGCUGCUCAUUUGAGAGUCUAACUCUCACUCUAUGCACUCAGUAAGAUUCAUCAUAAGAGGUAUAUCGAUGUGCCCACCAAGGUGCUCCCUACUUACCUACCAAGUGCCAUGCAUCCUGAGGAAACUUGCUUUGUAUUGCAAAAAAAAAUUUGUAAACCGAGGCAUUAUUUUCAAUGGAUUUUCAUUUGUAAACUGAAAAUUAUGUUAACCGAGGCAUUUGUAAACCGAGGUCCCACUAUAUAGUAAUUCUAUACACAUUUCAGUGCAUUUGAUCUUUUUUGAACCUCCCUAUGUUCAGAUUGGUAACUGAGAUUGGGGAAACCUUUUGUAAAUACUUUAUUCAGGAGGAUAUCUUGACUCUUUUUCACUUUAUUUAUUAUUUUUUGGUAUCCUUGAUUAUUUUUUAUUAUUUCUUCUUUUCUCUUGUAAUUGGUUUAGUGAGAACGUGUAUGUACCCUAUAUAUUUCUUGUAGCACUAUAGGAGACAUUUUCUUCUCCGUCCGUUUUAUAUUCUUAAUCCAAGAGUGAGAGGGCUCAUUCGACUUAGGUUUAGUACCUUCUGAGGCAAUAAAGUUAGGAAUUAUAUAUCGUGUACCCCACAAUAUUUGUAUCCUUGUAUUCUAAUAGAAGUUAAUUUGUAUCUCCAGCCAGGACUACAACCUCCCUUCUAAUCAUUUAAGAUUUGGGUCCAUGCCCUUUUGUCCUGGGAUUUGUUAUAUUCCUCCCGCCCUCUAUAAUUACUCAUAGAAUUAAAAUGUUCCAUAUAUUUGUACUUUAUAAUCUUAAUGCCAUUUCACACUGUAUAAGCAAAUGUUUUUGUUUUUUUCCAGUGUUCUGUUGCAUUUAUUUAGUUAUAUGUUUGUAUUUAUUUUUAAUUUGUAACAGUUGGCAAAUGUUGCCUUUUUAAUUUAUCAUUUUGCGUGCGGUAAACAGACAAACUGAGAUUUUCAUAAAUGCUUCAGAAUGGCCAAAUUCAGGUCAUCAUGGACUUUGAUAUCUGAGAUUUUCUUAUAGCAGACUCUGACAAAGCGAUUUUUUUUCUGUUUUCGAAUAGACUAUUAGAAACUAAUCUCUGGAUGUGACCCCAAAUUGUCUUUAAUUUUUUUACCCAAAUGGAAUCUCAUCAGAUCAAAUGUAUCCUUUAUCCCUCCAGCUAUGAAAAGCCAGCAGCCCACGUUUUGUCCUGUGGACUGACAUGCUUUGAUGGUGCAAGUGACAAUCCACAUGACUUGGAAGGUAGGACAUCAUUGCUUUGGAUUGAUUAUGAUGGUUAGUUUGGGGUCCUGCCAGCAUCUCCAAUUUGGUUAACGUGAAACUUGUUGCUUCCUAUGAUUUCUCUUUUUUUAGGUUAUAUUAUCUUUACAUAUUACCUAUAUUUUACAGUUACAUGUUUGCAAUGUCUGAAAAAUAAAAUUAAAGUGUAACUUUAUUGUACACACAAAUAAGCUUGAAAUUGAAGAGCAUAAAACAAAUACUCUAAGCAGCAAAACAACUUUAGCUUAAAGGACCACUAUAGGCACCCAGACCACUUCAGCUUAAUGAAGUUGUCUGGGUGCCUGGUCCAGCUAGGGUUAACCCUAGAGAAACCCUAGAGAAACUGCUAUGUUUAUGUUAGGGUUAAUCCAGCCUCUAGUGGCUGACUCUUGACAGCCGCUAGAGGCGCUUGCGUGCUUCUCACUGUGAAAAUCACAGUGAGAAGAUGCCAGCAUCCAUAGGAAAGCAUUGUUAAUGUCUUCCUAUGAGACUGGCUGAAUGCGCCCGCAGCUCCUGCUGCGCAUGCGCAUUCAGCCGAAGAGGAGGAGAGGAGGAGGAGAGCUCCCCGUCCGGCGCUUUAGACAGAGGUAAGUUUAACCCCUUCCUCUCCCCUCAGUGCCACGGGUGUGGGACCCUGAGGAUGGGGGCACCCUCAGGGCACUAUAGUGGUCCUUUAAUGAGGCACAUGCAGGGAGGUGUGGAUGGGGUUGCAUAAACAAAGUGAUCUAACUCCUAAAUGGCAGAUGAUUGAGCAGUUAGACUCCAGGACAUGGUCUAUACACUAAAAUUACUUCAUUAAACUAAAGUUAUUCUGAUUCUUAGAGCGUCCUUUUAAAUUUAUUAUAUACUUUGCGCUAACAAAUGUAUAGAUUUUAAUUUAAUGGACUUUAAAAAUAUGGUCCCUCCUCACCUGUCAAUUAAUCCUCAACGUAACCCUCUCUAUGCUGGUGGCAAAGUAGUCAUAGCCAGAACGGAGUAACGGGAGAACAGGAGUACCCUACUACAGUCGGUCACUCUACAGCUCCUCCUGUAGGCAUUUCACACGUUUACAUUGGGAUUUCAGGACAUCAAUAUGAGGACAAUGAAGUCAACUUGUUGGCAUUAUGUAAAAUUGUCUUGUCCACUUGCAUCUGAGCACAACUGGAGGGUGAAUGUUAGAAAAUAACACAAAUUUCUCAAACUUCUGAGAAUGGCAGUGCAGGAGCGAGGGAAGGUUUCUAAUAAAACGGCUCCAAAUGCAAAAAUAUAUGUAUGGUUUAUCUCUAUAAAUGAUAUAAUUCCUGCCUGUAUAAAUAAAGUUGUACCUGAUGCGACAGGUUCACUGUAAAUGUAGAAAUCCGACCUGCUGUCUUUAUAUCUAUGCCAGAACGGGGCUUCCGCUCUGUCAUUGUUAUAAGCUCUGCCCUUUGUACCUGUCAGCUCACAUAGAUUGAGGAAGGAAACUCACAUUGGGUGAGGUUUAUCAGUGUUAUAUUUGUAGUGAUGUAACAGGUGAAGGAGUCACCAAUGGACCGUCUGCUGUUUUCACUGGUUUCAAUGGUGAUUGCCCCACUUUAUUACUUUGUAACCAUAUUUCCAAACACGACAUUUUGAUAAAUAUCUCCAAUGUUUUUGGUUUUUCCUCCACCAUCUGUGCCUUUGCUGGGCCAGGCCUGAAUUGGAUUCUGAUGUCAGCUGCUAAAUCUUUUAUAUACUUUUAAAAGAAAAACGCAGCAUGUAAGGUUAACGGGACACUGUAGUCAAUGAAACCACUACAGCUUAAUGUGGAGGCUUUAGUGUCCUUAGUCAGUGCCUGCAGUCUGUUCAAUGUAAAUACUGCCUUUUUUCAGAGAAAAGGCUGUGUUUACAUUGUUCCCUAGUAACACGGUCGCUGAGUCGGUCACUAGAUGACCUUACAUAUUUUAGUCCUGCAAUCUUUGCAGGACGUGCGUUCAGCAUCUCCACUCUGCAUGGAGGCACUGAACACUCCCUAUAGAAAUGCAUUGAGUCAAUGCAUCUCUACCAGAGGAUGUGGAUUGUCGCAGCAAGGUGUUUUACAGCGAAUGGGCACUAGCCACCCAAUGCAUCUCUACAAGGAAAUAUUGGAUAAGCUUAGAUCAAUUCAUUCUGGAGAAAGGAUAAGUAAAUCACUCUUUUAUACAGCUUGGUGGUGGUGGGAACAACAGUAACCUAAAUGGGGACUAGGGUACAAUAGCAUUAGGAAUACAGGUUUGUGUUCGUUUAACACAAGUCAUGGGUUUUUAUUAAUAAGAGUAACUUAUUAAUCUAAUACAAUACCUACUACAUAUUUUAUGCUUAGUGAUUUCACAUUUUCUUGCAUGUUUAGUUAAAAGCUGAAAAUUAAGUUUCUACUAUAUCAGUCGCCAUGAUAUAAUGCCGCAAAUUGUAUCUGUCUGUCAUCUAAUUUGACACAUUCUUGCUUAUGAAAGCGUUGAUUCAUCCAGUCUUUGAUGUGAGAAUCACUGGUUUAAUAUCUUUUCUUUUUUUUUUUUUUUUUAAAGCAUGGAAAGACCUAACAAGUGGAGAUUUCAAUAUUUACAAGCUUCCUGGUGGCCAUUUUUAUCUAAAGGAGCCUGCAAAUCAAAAACAGCUUGUGUCACAUGUGACAAAAUAUCUAGAAAAUUAUGAAAUGACUUAUUUGUGA